AUGACCCAGGUAGACACUGCAGACCACAUCAUUCUCUGUCUCCCCCUCACCCCCGCCCUAUUCACAGCCCCCCAGCCCCUCGUCGCCCUCAUCCUCGACAUCCUCCCACCGUCCGCCUCCAAAUCAUUCACCGUCUUCUUCUCCACCCCCAAGGGCGCCCUCGCCAAUGCACAGUCUCUGAUCCCUGGCAAGGGUUCCGACCAGGAGCAACUGUAUAGUCUGCUUCAGAGAUCACCGAAAGAGUCAUUCGCGGGACUCCAAUCGUUCCUUGGUGCGAUCUACACGGCGCUUUGGACUGCACAGUGGAAGUGCGGUAAAGUGCUGUUGGAUGUGGAAGUGCAUUUCGAAGGUGAAGGCGGGAGUCUAGAGUCAAAGCUUUGUCGUGGCGUUGCAGAGGCGGAGGAAUACCACAUUGUCAAGAUUGAUGGAGUCCGAGAGACAGACGUCGUGUCGUCCAUUGACAAGGUUGUUCCCGCCCCGUUCACCGAGAUUUCCAUCACAUCCCCCUCUCUGGCCAGCAUCUCUCCCGAACAAUUCUCCCUCCCACCUUCGUCAGGCUUCCCCGUCGUAGCCCUGGGAGGCACAUUCGACCGUCUGCAUGCCGCCCACAAACUCCUCUUGCACCUGGGCGUCUUUCUCUCUACCCAAAAGCUUAUUGUGGGUAUUAUGGCCGACAAUCUACUUGCCUCCAAGACACACGCCGAGCUUGUGCAACCACUAGCAGAGCGUUUGGACAAUGCCAAUGCGUUUUUGGCGCGGUCAGGCGCUUCCGACACUCUUCAGCUAGAUGUACUACGGAUAGAUGACGCCUUGGGACCCACGCGUACCGACCCAGAUAUUCAAGCUCUCGUCUGUUCUCGCGAAACGCUUUCCGGGGGCGAGUAUGUCAACAGCUCGCGGAAGGGUGCAGGGCUGGAGGAGCUUGAAUUGUUUGUGGUAGAUGUGAUUGCGGAGAGGGAAGAGGUAGACCUGAAGCAGGAGGUAGACGAGGCGAAAUUGAAAAAGAUGAAGAUGGGAAGUACUGGAGUGAGGAGUUGGAUUGCCGAAAGAGGGACUGGGCAGGGGGACCGGUGA